AUGCUCAUCAAGCAGUUCCUCCUCGCCGCCCUCUUCACCAUGGGCUCGGUCACCGCCAACCCGGUGGCCAACCCCGACAACGUCGAGAUUGAGGCUCGGGACGUCGGGAAUUUCGACAUCGAAGCCCGGGACCUCGGAAUGGCCGAUGAAGGCAACCUGGUUGCCCGAGACGGCCGUCACCACGGCCACCGCCACGGAGGCCACCGUCACUGGGGCCAUCGCCACUGGGGUCACCGCCACGGAGGUUACCGUCACCGUCACCGCCACCACUGCCACCGCUAUGGCUACGACUGGCACCAUGGUUACAACAGGUGCUGCAGCUUCCGCUACGGACGCAGCUGGGACUGCUACUAG